AUGCCCGACACUCCUCCAAUGGCCAUCACAUUGUGCCUGGUCAAUGCAGCGUGUUUUGUGGCGAACAACAGUUGGAGUAGCCUAUUACACCACCUCCUCUUUUGUGAUCUCUGUCCUCUCUCUCUCUUUGCCAAGGUGUCUGUGUUCUUCUCUCCUCCAUUUGCAGUUGAAUCUUCUAAGGAGGAGGCAGUGCAUAGAUGCCAGAUCGAUAACUAUGCUUAUAGGAUGGUCUUCUAUUUCCAACCUAAUGGGGUUGAUGGAGGAGUAUCGGUUGGGGCUAUGUCGGUGAAGGGUUGGGGCUGCAUCACCGGUCACAGAAUGGGAAGCAAUGUUGCCGAAAAGAUCCCAAUCGCUGAAAGUUCAGAAACCACUAUUGAGAUAAAGAUUAAAACAUUGGAUUCUCAAACAUACACCCUCAGAGUGGAUAAACAGAUGCCAGUCCCCGCCCUAAAAGAACAAAUUGCUUCUGUAACUGGAGUAUUAUCUGAACGACAGCGCUUAAUUUGCCAAGGAAAAGUUCUAAAGGAUGACCAGCUCCUGUCUGCAUAUCAUGUUGAAGAUGGUCACACCUUGCAUCUGGUUGUGAGGCAACCUGAUCUACCACCACCAGGAAGUGUGCCCAAUCAUUCAGUGACUGAAACGAAUUCAAGCACAAGCCUUGGUCACAGUAGUCAAGUAGCCCCUGGUGUUUUUAUUGAAACUUUCAAUGUGCCUGCUCAGGGUGAUGGAAUUCAUCCUGAAAUCAAUAGGAUUGUUUCUGCUGUUCUAGGAUCCAUUGGAAUUACAAAUUUUUCUAGUGUUGCUGAAGGGAUUGAUGUCAGGGAGAAUGAUUCCCAAGGCCCAGGAAGAACUUCAGGCUCUAAUGGAAUAUUUGAUUCAUCUCAUCCUCAACCCGAACAAACUGGUUUUCGGAUUUUGUCUGAUAGAUCACGCACCACUUUUGGAGCUCCUGUGCCAGUAUCUCUAGGGUCUUUGCAGCCUCCUGUCAUUCCUGAUUCUUUAACAACUUUGUCCCAAUAUUUAAGUCACAUAAGCCAUGAAUUUGAUGCAAUUGUCAGAGAAGGGGGGGAUAUUGCCCAAGCAGCUGAGGCUCAAAGGAAUGUAGAAACUAGAUCCGUUUCUUCUAAUUUGGGUUCCACUCCAGAUGGACUUUCAUCUCCCACAUUCUUGGCAGAAGUUUUACUUUCUACCAGACGAAUGAUUGUUGAACAAGCUGGCGAAUGCCUACUUCAACUAUCAAGGCAGCUGGAGAAUCAAGCAGAUGUAACUGAUCCGUUGUUGCGGUCAAGCAUUCAGUCUAGGGCAUUGAGAACUGGAGUUUUGUUUUAUAACCUGGGUGCAUUUUUACUUGAGCUUGGUCGCACAACCAUGACACUGCGUUUGGGUCAAACACUGUCUGAAGCUGUGGUUAAUGGUGGGCCUGCAGUUUUUAUAUCCCCAAAUGGUCCUAACCAUAUCAUGGUUCAGCCCCUUCCUUUUCAAGCUGGAACAAGCUUUGGCACUGUCCCUGUUGGAGCUCCACAGUCUAGCUCAAGUUUAGGUAGUGGGCUUGGUUCAAGCUUUUUCCCUAGGCGUAUAGAUAUACAGAUACGACGAGGUACCUCAUCAACAUUGUCCAAUACCAAUCAAGAAGAACGCAGUGAUACACAAUCUGUCUUAGUACAAAGAAAUCCAGGUGAUAAUCCUGUUAAUCAAGCAACCUCUAGGCGUCCAGAUGCAUCAUUUCCUGGGGAACCAGGAGUAAGGUUAGUGCCUAUUAGAACCAUGGUUGCAGCAGCAGUGCCAGGUCCUGUAGGGCGUCCACCUUCAGAGUCAUCUGGUAAUUCUAUAGGGCUUUACUAUCCAAUUCUUGGGAGAUUUCAACAUGUAUCUUCUGGACAUGCAAAUAGUGAACAGGGAUCUCAACAAUCAACUCAGCAUCAGGCGGCAGUGCCAUCAACCACUGAAUCCAUGUUGCAAAGGCAAAAUACAGAUGAUUCUGCAAGGAAUGGAUCCUUAUCAACUCCAAACACAAGACAAGAGCCAUCUAAUUCACGUGUUGUAAAUAUCAAUAUUCUGGCUGCUAGUGGACCCCAAAACAACCAAGAAUCUGACAGACAAAUUCCAAGCAGUGUUCUUCAGAUCUUAAGGACACUCUUUCCUGGUGGAGAAAUUCAUGUGGAAGAUUCAGGUGUACAAGGAACAACUGCGGGUUCUACCUCAGAUCAUGCUGCAACAUCAAGGGCUGCUGCCCAAGUCCCUGAAGCACAACCUAGUGUCAGUGAAGAAGGAAUAUUUUUUUCUAAUAUGCUCCGUGAAAUCAUGCCAGUCAUAUCUCAACAAGUAGGGUCUGAGGGAAAUCCUUCAGAAGAUCAUAUGGCUCAAGAUUCUUCAACCCAGGUUGAAACUGACGUUGGGACAUCACGCAGACCGAGCGAUUCUGAUUCAAGUCCCCCAAGUCCAAAACGUCAAAAGGUUUCUCUUCCACUUUUGAGGAUUCUCUGCUCCCAUGACCAUGUGCCCGCUAUUCUCUGUCCAAGUGGGAUCCUGUUAGAUCAUAUUCCCAGUACUCUUUAUAGGGGAGGAAAAAGUAAUCGAUUGGGUUGUCAGGCUCAACCUGAUGAUUAG